GCCGUCUGGCGAGCAAGAGCCCUCGCGACAUCAUAACUUCUCUCUUUCUCUCUCUAUAUAUCGCUUUCUCUCUCUCUCUAUAUAUCACUUUCUCUCUCUGCUUUCUCUUUCUCUAGAUCGUGGGGUUUCGUUUGGUUCGCGAAGGCACCUGCUUCCUUUUCUCUCUCUCUCUUUACUUGCUUGCUUGACUCGCUUGGAUCUGAAUUUUAUCGCUUCAUGAGCUUCAAUCGGAUCGAUAGUUUUGUAGAUUCUAAUUGGAAGACCUUUCUAGGGUUCGAAUCAGCUUCUGCAUGAAUUAGGGUUUCUAACUCUGUGACUUUUUGUUGGAAACAGCUAUUGAAGGGGGAUCUAGGGUUUCGCACUGCUGUAAUUGGUAAAUUAGCUUGACAAUUGUAUUGGGGGAUGAAGAGUUUGGUGUAAAUAGUCGACGGAUUGAACGCAUGCGGUGUAAUAUUGAUUGAGCGGAGGAACCCACAUGUUAUUGUUUCUGCCAGGUUCCUUCCCAAGCAGAUUCUAGAAUCUUAAUAAAAAAUUCACUGUGCUGCUAAAUUGUUAGUUGCAAAUUUGCUUGCUUGAAGUAAAGUUUGGCAAGGGUAUCCUGUUGGAACCUUUGCCUAACAAAGCCUUUCAACUUCUUCUCAAGGAUGAGAUUUCUGUUGGACAGAUAUUAUAUCUGCGCGAAGUUGCAUUCCUUCUCAAGAAUAUUGAACUUUCUUCAGGGAUAUCCCAAUUUGUCAGCCAUUAAGUUCAUGAUACCAAAACUAAGCGUUUAUGGUGGCUAUUAAGGAAGAGUCUUGUUGAUGUUCAGUAGGACAACGUUUAUCAGUUACUCAUAAUACAAUCAUAAAUAUGCAUGCAACGUUGCAGCCUGGUGGCCGUUCCCCUAAACAGAUGAAUUCAGAUAGCAUACAGACACCUACUUCAUUCCCUUCUCACGGGAAGGGUAAGAAACGGGAGCGAUCAGAUCAUGGACCAGAGGCAGUCAAAAGAGAGCGUUCUGUGAAGACAGAAGAUGGUGAUUUAGGUCAGGUUAGACCAGAAAUCAAUCUUAAAUCAGAGAUUUCAAAGAUAACAGAGAAGGGCGGGUUAAUAGAUACUGAAGGGGUGGAGAAACUUGUGCUACUCAUGCAGUCUGAUAGAACUGAUAGAAAAUUGGAACUAAACAGCCGGUCUAUGCUUGCUGCUGUGGUGGCGGCUACAGACAGGUUUGAUUGCCUCAGUCAAUUUGUGCAGCUCAAGGGCUUGUCCGUAUUAGAUGAAUGGUUACAAGACGUUCAUAAAGGAAAGAUUGGUGAUGUUAACUCAAAGGAUGGUGACAAACAUGUAGAGGAUUUUCUUGUAGUCUUGCUCCGUGCUCUUGAUAAGCUUCCAGUGAAUCUCCAAGCCUUACAGAUGUGUAACAUUGGAAAGUCGGUCAAUCAUCUACGCACACAUAAAAACUUGGAGAUUCAGAAAAAGGCAAGAAGUCUAGUGGACACGUGGAAGAAGCGGGUUGAGGCCGAAAUGAAUGUUAUUGAUGCAAAAUCUGGUUCUCCUCAGGCUGGUCCAUGGCCUUCUAGAUCACGUAUUCCUGAAGUUUCCCAUCCUGGGAUUCGACAGACUGGAGGGUCUUCUAUGGUUGCUACUCGGAGCUCAGUUACAAUGGUUACUGCUUCAAAAACUCCUAUUAAACCUGUUCACGGCGAGCUUGCUGUUAAAUCUACCUCCCCAACUGGUCCAGCAAAGUCAGCCAUGUCCCCUGCAUCAGGAAAUGAUGGUCAGUUCAGAUUGGCAUUUGGGAGUCCCUCAGACAUUCCUUCAAAUGCUGUAAGGGAAGAUAGGAGCAGCAGUUCAAGCCAGUCUCAUAAUAACAGUCAGUCUUGUUCAAGUGAUCAUACAAAGACUAUGGUUUCAUCGGGAAAGGAAGAUGCCAGAAGCUCUACAGCUGGAUCAAUGAGUCUAGGUGGUCAGACAUCUGGUGGUGGUUCUCGUCAUAGAAAGUCAGUUAAUGGCUAUGCUGGGCCCACAGUCCCUGGAUCAGCCGGAAGCCACAGGGAAAUUGGAACAAGCAGAAGUUCAAGGCUCCACAAAAGUCAAGCUCCGGAGAAAGAUGCAAUUGAUGGGAACAGUCACAAAAUUGUUGUUAAGAUACCAAAUAGAGGCCUAAGCCCUCAAAGUGUCAGUGGGGGUUCAGUUGACGAUCCUUCUUUAGUGAAUAGUAGGGCAGUUUCUCCUUUGCAGCAUGAUAAUUCUGAUCCCAAUGUUAAAGAAAAGAUUGACAGCAAUAGACCUAUUGCUUCUGAAGUCAAUGCUGAAUCCUGGCAAAGUAAUGAUUUGAAAGAUAUGCUCUCUGCUUCUGAUGAAGCUGAUGGUUCACCAGAAGCCAUACGUGAGGAUCAAAGUAGGCCUGCUGAAGAUGCUUCUAAGUUUUUGGAAGUUCCAAAAGUUGCUUCCUCGUCACUAGGGAAUGAACACAAGGCUGGGAAAAUGCACGAAUCAUCAUUAAACUCCAUGAAUGCUUUGAUUGAAAGUGUAAAAUAUUCUGAAACAAAUGCAUCUCCAUCAGAUGGAGAUGAUGCUGGAAUGAAUCUGCUUGCUAGUGUUGCCGCCGAUGAGAUUUUGGCCGAGUGCGACGCAGUCCCACCAAAGGAUUCUCCUCACAGAAGUGUACCUCUGAAAGAAGACUUAAUCAUGGGAGAUGAAGCUAAGGUGAAAUCUUUAGUUGAUAAUAAUGUUGGUGAUGACCGCACCCAUCAUUUCGACGAUGCCACAACAGAAGCUCAGAAACUGGUUACUUGUCCUGAUGAUAGUUUGUCUUCUAGAGAUGCUCCGGGUCAUGUAGGUAUGCAGUCAUCUGACAACUUACUUAAAAUGAGGAACAUCAGUUCUCCUAAAUUUGAACCCUCAACUAGAGGAGUGGGAAAUGAAGAUCCUCCACAAGCAAUGGAUCAAUGCCCAGGAAAUGAUGGAAGACCUGAUGAACUGAUGGGCGUUUUGGCGACAACCACUUCAGUCUCAGUCAGUCCACUUCAAAGAUUAUUGAAUAAUGAUGAUAGUAAGAAUCUUGAGGAGAAAGUCUCUGCUGCAACGAACAUUAUGGCUAAUGGCGUUCAAAAUGGUAAAUCUAUGGGAAGAUCUUCAUCGUUAGAUGAUGAUAAAACCAAUACUGUUUCUAGUGUUAAUGUUGAGAAAGAAACAAUCGGAGAUCCCUUGCCAGCAGACCUGUCAUUGAGAAAUGAAGUGAACAAAAGCUCAUUGAAUGAAGGAGUGCAUCUAAAGCGUGAGGGGAACAAUGAUGAAAUGUUACAGCAGCCCAGUAUGAUGAAAAAUGGUGGAAUGAUUGAUGAAACUAACAACAAAGGUAGCAGUAAUCAGACUGUGAUGCACAAAUAUGAUCAGGUGGUUGAAGCUGUUUCGUCCUCUUUUGGUAAUGUGCCAAAAGUGAUUGGUAACCUGGAUUUGGUUGAUGAAAAUAAAGAAAAUGUUAAAAAUGAAUCAGCCCAAGGUAUGGAGUUGCAUGUGAAACCAAAGGGGUGUUUGAAGAAGACUGAGGUGAAAGCAGAUGAAAGCAACCACAGUUUGGCAGAGACAUCUGCAAGUGCUGUAAGAACAUCAGGGUCAGAGAUAAGACUGAAGUUUGAUUUGAAUGAAGGAUUUGUGGGAGAUGAGUCAAAGUAUGUAAAGCCAAUAAACUUGACAACAGCCAGUAGUAGAGCUACUGUUCCUUCAGUAAACUCAUUUCCUUUUUCUGUUUCCCCUGUUUCCAGUGGCUUUUCUACUGCUUCCAUAACUGUUGCUGCAGCUGCAAAAGGACCGUUUGUGUACCCUGAUGAUCUUAUGAAGAGUAAGGGAGAGCCUGGAUGGAAAGGAUCUGCCGCAACAAGUGCAUUUCGGCCAGCUGAACCAAGGAAAGCUCUUGAGAUGCCACUCAGCUCUAGUACUGCUGUCCCAAAUCCCGAUUCUAAUACUGGAAAAAACAGUCGUAGGCCUGUUCUAGAUUUCGAUCUGAAUGUGCCAGAUGAAGGAGUUAUUGAAGACAUGACGUCUCGAACUGCUGUUACAUGUUCUGCAUCUGCUGCUCGUAGUAGCUCUGGAGGAGGAUUAGAUCUUGAUUUGAAUCAAGUGGAUGAAGCCAGUGAAAUGAUGGGGCAAUACUUGGUCAGAAGUGGUUGUAACAGAACAGAAGCUGUCUCUUCCUUUUUAGCAGCCAAACAAAAUUGUGAUGUAAGAAGAGACUUCGAUUUAAACGAUGGACCUGCUGUUGACGAAACAAAUACAGAACCGUUAUUGUUAAACCAGUAUGGUGGUAAUAGUAGGAGCAUUAUACAAUCGCAACCGCCACCACCGCCUCUAGCCAGCCAUGUGGGGAACUUCUCACCAUGGUUUCCACCUGGAAAUACUUAUUCGCCUAUCGCUAUUCCAUCGGAGCAGCCUUUUCCAAGGAUACUGGGAUCUUCAUCUUCUAGUGGCGGCGGCGGGAAUGGUGGGAUCCCUUUUAUUAGUACCGACGUAUACAGGGGGCAAGUGUUGUCAUCUUCUCCUGCGGUCCAAUUUCCAACAACUCCUUUCCAGUACCCAGUUUUUCCAUUUGGAACAAGCUUCUCGUUACCGAGUGGCUCGUUUUCAGGUGGAUCUGGCGCGUUUAUGGAUUCUUCUGGCGCUUUUCGGGUGAAUUCUCAGUUGUUAGGUCAAUGUCAGUAUCCAAGGCCGCCACCGCCGCCUUAUGUUGUUAGUAUUCAAGAGAGUAGUAGUGUAGUAGACCAGAGGAAGUGGGGGGGAAGACAGAGUCUAGACCUAAAUGCAGGUCCUGGUGGAUUGGAGAUAGAAGGAAAAGACGAAACUGCAUUGAUAAGAAGAGAACUAUCUCUUGCUAGCUCUCAAUCACUGGCUGAGGAGCAGGUGAGGAUGAUGAUGUACCAGCAGCAGCAGCAUCAAAAGAAGAAGGGCCCUGAUGGUGGCUGGGACAAGCAACAAGCCUCAUGGCAGUGAAAGAAACGCCUGGGAUUGCAAUUGGUCUGGCUGACCUUACCCUCCACUCAAGUGACUUCCAUCCCUUGGUCGGUUUGGGUAGACAUUGAUGGGGGGUGAUGAUUGCGGAUUUGAAGAGAGAUGGGUGGUAAGUGAGAAAGAGUCUUGUUAUUUGAUAGUCUCCGACCCCCCACCAUAUAAAGAGGCGUUGUCAUACGGUGAGCAUUUUGGCCCUUGCAAUCCUUUAUAUUUGUUCUUUUACUUUCUUCUUAGUCAUAAUCAUAUAUGAUUAGAGGAUUAUUUUGGGUGCUUUUUGUAGAUAUUUAACUGUUGGAUAUCAUGCAUGCAUGCAGUUGGUUUUGCUUGCAUGAACAGCUGAUAAAAAUCAUCUCGUCAAGUCAAGUCAGUCAAUGUUUGUACUAAGUGUAUUUUUCCAUCGGAUCGAACUCUCGAAAAGAACACAUAAAAAAACAAAUUGCAUAUCUAAUUCUUGUGGUGUGUGUUUGUGAGUGGGUCGGUAGCAAAUAUCUUGAUUUGAAAACACACGCACCCCUUUGUCGAAGCAAAAUAUUUAAACCCCCGUUUUUUUUACAAUUCA